CAUAAACGGUCAAAAGAGCGCAUGUUUGUAGUCCACAGCCCAUCAAAGACUACCGACUUUUUAGCUUGUUUUACAUUCAUAGACUCCUCCCUCUAUCAUCGGUAAUUCAUUGUAAGACUUCUCAUUAAUGGAGGUUGUCUGGUGCUUGAUUCUGUUCUCCUUCAUUUUAAAAGCCUCCACACUGGAAAUUAUUACUCCAGGACAGUCCAUAAAAGAUGGUGAAACUCUUAUAUCAGCUGGUGGAAGCUUUGAGGUGGGAUUUUUUAGCCCAGGAAGUUCGAAGAGUAGAUAUGUUGGGUUAUGGUACAAGAAAGUUUCUACUGGGACUGUUGUAUGGGUAGCCAACAGGGAAGCUCCUGUUUUUGAUACAUCAGGAGUUUUAAAUUUCAGUAACCAAGGAAUUCUCACACUUCUGAAUAGCACAAAACUCGUUGUUUGGUCUUCCAACACAUCAAGAACUGUCCAGGAUCCUGUUUUGCAGCUCUUGGAGUCGGGAAAUCUUGUAGUGAAAGACAGAAAUGACAACAAUCCAGAUAACCUUUUGUGGCAAAGUUUUGAUUAUCCUUGUGAUAACUUUUUACCAGGAAUGAAGAUUGGAAAGAACUUAGUCACCGGUUUUGAAACGUAUAUAUCGUCCUGGAAAAGUACAGAUGAUCCUGCUCAAGGGCAAUAUUCUUUAAGAAUAGAUCCCCAUGGAGUCCCACAAUUAGUUGUUAGGAAAGGAUCGGAAGUAGUUUUUCGAGCAGGGUCAUGGGAUGGUGUUUAUUUUUCAAACCGGAAACCAAGUGCUAAACCAAGUCCACUAUAUUCAUAUCAGUUUGUCUUGAAUAAGAAUGAGGUGUACUACAAAUGUGAGACCAAAAACAUUUCAGUUAUUUCGAGGUAUGCAAUGAACCCAUCAGGUCUCAUGCAGCGUUUCGUAUUGAAUGAGAGAAAACAAGAAUGGGAGAUUUACUCUACGGCGCAGGCAGAUCAGUGUGCUGUCUAUGGCUUAUGUGGAGCAUAUGCUAGCUGCAACUCUUAUGGGUUUACUCCAUGUGCAUGCCUGGAAGGAUUUGUUCCCAUAUCUCCAAGUUCUGGUAAUUGGAAUUCAGCAGAGUGGUCAGAUGGAUGUAUUAGAAGGACACCACUGGCUUGUGAUAGUGGAGACAGUUUUAUGAAGCACACUCGGUUGGCGUUGCCAGACACUUCAAAAUCUUGGGCUAACAACAGCAUGUCUCUCAAGGAGUGUGAGGAAUUGUGCUUGAGAAACUGCUCUUGCAUGGCAUAUGCAAAUUUAGAUAUCAUUAAAGGAACUGGCUGCUUGCUCUGGUUUAAUGAAUUGAUUGACAUGACAGAAUUCAACGAGGAUGGGCAAGACCUCUAUAUUCGGCUUGCUAAGUCAGAGCUAGAUCAAAUUCAAAGAAAAAUGAAGUCAAAGAAAAAGCAGAAGGCAGUAAUCAUAGCCAUCUCCAUCAUAACAGCUGCAGGAAUGAUGGUAAUAAUGGUUCUGUUAUACAUUCGAAAGAAAAUUCUUUGCAAGGAAGGUAAACAUAAGGAAAAGAUUGAGUUGCCAUUAUUUGAUUUGGCAACUAUAGCUAAUGCGACAGAUAACUUCUCAAGCAACAACAAGCUGGGACAAGGUGGCUUUGGACAUGUAUACAAGGGUAUGUUGAAAGAGGGAAAAGAAAUUGCAGUAAAGAGACUUUCAAAGGAUUCUGGACAAGGAUUGGAUGAAUUCAAAAAUGAAGUUACACUUAUUGUGAAACUUCAGCACCGCAAUCUUGUAAAGCUAAUUGGUUGUUGCAUUAAGGGAGAUGAAAGGAUGCUAAUCUACGAAUACUUGCCCAACAAAAAUAAAACAAGAAACAGACUGCUGGACUGGCAUAGGCGCAGGCACAUUAUAGAUGGAAUUGCUCGAGGGCUUCUUUAUCUUCACCACGACUCGAGACUAAGGAUUAUCCAUAGAGAUCUAAAAGCCAGUAACAUAUUACUAGAUGAUAGUAUGAAUCCAAAGAUUUCAGACUUCGGCUUGGCUAGGACGUUUGGUGGAGAUAAGACUGAGGACAAGACAAGAAGGGUGGUUGGAACAUAUGGUUACAUGUCUCCAGAGUAUGCUUUUCAUGGGUGUUUCUCAACGAAAUCGGAUGUCUUCAGUUUUGGAGUUUUGAUAUUGGAGAUAAUAACAGGGAAGAGAAGCAGGGGCUACUCAGAUCAUGACCACAAUCUUUUAGGACAUGCAUGGAGACUGUGGACAGAAGAGAGGCCAUUAGAACUAAUCGACAAAGCUUUAGGGGACUUCUACAUUAUAACUGAAGUUUUAAGAUGUAUCCAUGUAGCUCUCUUAUGUGUGCAACUACACCCAGAAGACAGACCGAACAUGUCAUCUGUGUUACUCAUGUUGGGUGGUGAGAGUACAUUGCCUCAACCAAAGAAACCUGGUUAUUUCAUUGAAAAGAGUCUGCCUUCGGCUGAUAAGAGAUCUGGCGAACAAUCAUCUUCAUUAAAUGAAUUCACCAUUACAUUGUUAGAGGCAAGAUAGAAGAGCAAUAUAUCAUGAAAAUUUUUUAUGGUGACUCUAUGAAUUAAUUGAAAUUUUGAAACAUUUUCUAUUACAGAAAGUUCUGCAUCUUCUUUCACUAUCAUUUGGCACCAUUGCAGGAUAGUUUUUUUAAAAAGAAACCUGAAGAAAAUAGCUAUCACUCUAGGUUUUUAGCUUGUUUUGCUUGAUAUAUUUGCGUAUACUUCCCCAGCCAAACCAGAACUGUUGCAUCUACAACUUUCUGUUACCAUGUGACGAAGAUAUGGCCUAGAAACCGGAACUAUCCAAGAUGCUGUUGAAACAAUCAAAACCAUAAUUUUUAUCUUCUUUUGUAAUUCGGAUCAGUUUUUGAUACUAUGCUUUAACCGGAAAAAAUAAAACCAAAACCAACCAAUCCCUUAUCACCUUAUCUCAAAAUCUGGUGGGGAAUGUGCGAGCAGCACACCCUGAAAGGCAAAUGAAAAAUGCAAAGUCUGACUUGACUACCAGACAGUAAGCAACGUAAAAAUUAUGGUCCAUGCAGCAACUUUUUCAAUGUUAUUUCUGCUUUCACAUUUCUUUUUCAAUCUUUUGUUUAUGGUCCAUAUCAAUAGACUUAGAUGUUUCCAGUUGAGUAACGCAAAUGAACUUAUUGUCUAUUCAAUGAAUCUCCAGCAUUCAGAAAAAUAUAGAAACUAUGACUGAUUGGCCUUCAUUUGUUG